UCGCGGAGAUCCGACCAAGCCUUGCUUCCGUUUUCUUCAGGACUGCAGGGAUUUGUACGGAUUUGCAUGCGGUGGUACUGCUGGGGGCAUGAACCGUGAUCUACUGUUGCAUUAUAUGAAUGUGCAGACCAUCCUUGCCGAGCGAUUUUGCCCCCACUAUGCUGACUAUGUUUGGAGAGAGGUUCUGAAGAAGGAUGGCUGUGUGAUUGAUGCGCCUUGGCCAACUGGAUCUCUUCCUGAUUUAAAUAUCUAUGAAGCCAGUAAGUACUUGUGCAAGGUAAUAAUGAGGAUUUUUAAACACAAGAAUAUAACUAGAAAUCAAAAGAGGUCAAUAUCGUCAUGCCUGAUAUAUGUCAAGGAGCUGAAACAUCAAGAAAGGCAAAAAUUGUUGCGAAGGUUUCAAAAGUUUUGUAAAGACAAACAAACAUUUCCUAUGGCGACUCCAUCAUGGGAGAGAGGAGUCGUAGAGGAGAAUAUGGACUUGAUUAAGACACUCUGUGUUCUUGAAGACUUGCAAGUAUUGUCCGUCACUGAACUCGAUGACUUUGCUAAAGCUGAUCCUCUUUUCUCACAACUCUAUGAAAAGCCUCCAUCUCCUGGAAGUAUCAUUUUCUUGGCCAGAUGGUGAUGGAGAGUUGAAACACGAGUUAGCUGGUUGGAGAGAGCUUGGAAGAAUUGACUAGUAUU